GUGGGCGCUGCUCGCCGCGGGGGGUCUCGCGCGCGCGCGUUAACAACCUCCAAAAACCCUAGCCUCCCUCGCGACCGGGUCUCGGGGGUUCGAUUGGAUCGGCUCGGCUCGGUUUGCCCCCCACUCUCAUUCGGUUGCUGCAGGAUAUUGUUGGCAUUUGCAUUCUUCUGUCUGUUAUUUGAAGGAAGCCUGUUCACCCUGAGAGAGCCUUGCUUUAUUUGCAGGCUCAUUGGCUUUCAUUUUGCCUGAAUGGUGCUACUGGAACCUUCUGGGUAGAAGCUGAAGCUUAGUUUGGAACUAAGACGUACUGAUUUCGUACGUAGAAAGUGGCGAGAAAUGGAUCGUGAUGAUAUAGCUGGUUUCGUUAGUGGAGGUUGCAAGGUGUUCUGAGUUUUCUAAGUUCUAACCCAGUAGAUGAUAAUAUAGUUAUGAUAUACAGAAGUCAGGCAACCGGUUCUUUUCAUUUACUAUUUGGUUGACGUUUGAUGUGUGUUAACUGGAAUGGACAAAUUGUCUUCUGGCCUUGGGUUUGGUGAUAGUAUCAACGCCUUGGACACUUCCCAUCAUUGGAGCACUGUUCAGCAUAAUUCUGGGCUUAAAGCUACUACAAUUGACGGUUCAGCAUAUUCCAGUUUUUCUAUUGCAAGCUCAAAAACACUGAAAAGGAAGCGAGGUGCUAUGGCAGGACCAGAUGGUACCGGAAAUCCAUUACUUACUUUGGGUUUAGGGCACUCACCAAGUUCAUCUGAUAAUAGCAAAGUAAGUUCUGCCACAGCUUAUGCAAUGUCUCCAUCUCCUCUGAAAGAGGCCGAUGAGGAGUCAUCAGUAGAUCUUGGCCUGAAAUUUGAGCUUUGCCUUGGCAAUGAUAUGGCACAAUAUCAAAAGAAGUCCCUUGUUGGUGCUAAGAAUUCGCCGUUGAUGAACUCUCCUAAACUUAAUCUUCAGCUGAGUUUGUCUACUGGGUCACCUGAAUCAGCUGUCACCAACACAAAUUUGGUGUCACCAAUUAUUCAGGGUGGCUGGGAGAUACCUGUUACCAACAGUUCACCAACAAUUAUCGGGGAAGGAUCAGUACCCUGUACAUGGGUUUUUGAGAAGUCAGUGGUUUCAUCUUCAUAUGCCUCUGAAGCAACAUACGCCUUUCCAUUUUCAAAGAUACCCAAAACAGGGGAUUUUGCUAUGCCUUCUGUCAUAUCGUCAACCUUGGUAACAAGUAUGAAAAGCCCAGUUGCCUGUACUUCUGGGUCAACUAAUCCCCAACAACGCAUCAGUAACACCAAAAAUUGUCAGUUUCCAGGAUGUGUGAAAGGAGCAAGAGGUGCAUCAGGGCGUUGCAUAGCCCAUGGUGGUGGUAGGAGAUGCCAAAAACCUGGUUGCCAGAAGGGUGCUGAGGGAAGGACCAUAUAUUGCAAGGCCCAUGGUGGAGGAAGAAGAUGCCAAUUUCUUGGAUGUACAAAGAGCGCUGAAGGGCGAACUGACCACUGUAUAGCUCACGGUGGUGGUCGUCGUUGCAGUCAUGAAGGUUGCUCUCGGGCUGCACGUGGCAAAUCUGGCUUGUGCAUCAGGCAUGGAGGUGGCAAAAGAUGUCAGAAGGAGAAUUGUAUCAGGAGUGCAGAAGGGCAUUCUGGCUUCUGCAUCUCUCAUGGUGGUGGGAGGCGAUGCCAAUUUCCAGAAUGCUCAAAGGGUGCACAAGGAAGCACAAAGUUUUGCAAGGCACAUGGUGGAGGGAAGCGCUGCACAUUCUUGGGCUGCAGCAAAGGAGCUGAAGGUAGCACUCUUUUUUGCAAGGGUCACGGUGGAGGCAAGAGAUGCAUAUUUCAGGGUGGUGGCGUGUGCCCAAAGAGCGUGCAUGGUGGGACUCAAUAUUGUGUUGCUCAUGGUGGUGGCAAGAGGUGUGCUAUUUCUGGUUGCACCAAGAGUGCUAGAGGGCGGACAGAGUACUGUGUCCGCCAUGGAGGUGGCAAGAGGUGCAAGUUUGAGGGAUGCGCGAAGAGUGCACAGGGGAGCACUGAUUUCUGCAAGGCUCAUGGUGGGGGUAAACGCUGCUCAUGGGGCCAGGUCGACUCGGGCUUUGGUAUCGGUGCGCCGCAGUGUGAGAAGUUUGCCCGGAGCAAGACUGGUCUCUGCUCAGCUCAUUGUGCUUUUGUCCAGGACCAUUGUGUCCGUGGUGGUGGUGCCUACCAGUUCGCAACUGAUGUCAAAUUCGACGAGAUGGAAGUCGCCCCAGUGAACGGAGAUCCUCUCACGAAGACAAGCGGCGACGACGACCGAUCUCUUCUUGGCAAUGGUCGUCCUCCUGCUGCGCUGGCGGCUACCCCGGAUCAACUUUCUGAAGGAAGAGUGCAUGGUGGUGGCCUUCUGGCCUUGCUUUCGCGGGGUGGAAACAAUGAACGUUCUGAUAACUCAAAGAAUGGCCCUUCUGCCAUGAUGACAUGGGAGUGAAUUCUCUUCAAGAAAUUGGUUGCUCGCAGUUUUGAUCUGUUUCCAGAGUUUGUGCCGUGACGGGAAAAACCAAGUGUUUUCGCAUUUCUCCAGCUGUUAUUGUGAUGCUUUGGAUUUAUUGUCGCCCGCUCCACGUGUGCUAUAUAUAAAUAAGGAGCUCGUAGAGCGUGGAGUAACGGGCUUGCUGUCUUGUGCGUUAUUAUAGUUGAUGCCGUUAAAUUGCUUUUGUUUUGUGUUAUUAUCCAUGUAAUCUGGUACUUCGUAUUUA